AUGAAUCCGGUCCAGACCGAGAACAACACCUUCCAGCUUACCUUGUCCAUCCCUAACCUUGUUCUCACGUUGUCCACUCGCCAGCAUCGUCCUCCCGGCAAGCGGCGGGGUUGUCUUCGCAUCCAAUCGAGUGAGCUUCACCAUGUUCUCUUCGACUUCAACCAUAACGACGGAUCGACGUUGGCAGGUGAUGAACGGAGGCAUCCGUUCAACCUAUUUGAUGCCAAGGCGGGCCCUGUCUUUCGGGUCGAUUCUUGGCCGAAGAUCCCGUUCCCACUAGACACCAGGACGCCUCCGCUAUACACCCGAAGCGUCAGACCGAGUCUAUCGAAGCAAGAGGGGCAAAUACCAAGGCUGGCAGCUUUUGCAUGGCUAGGAACAGAAUCCUCCACGACCCUCGUUCGAACACCCGCGUCCUUCCCUCCCUGUCGGCCAUACUUUCGACCGGAUGAACCAGCCUCUAGCGUCUUGCAUUAUCCAACAAACAUCGGCGUCGGUGAAAAUGGUUCAACGAUUGAAAACGACCAUACUAUCAGGGAGGGUGGCAUGGUUUUGCCGGCCAUAUCCCCGCGUUGGGAUGCCAUUACUACCCCGCCUGGCCUGGACCGAGUCUACGAGUAUAAUAUUGCAGCAUAUCAGCCAGCGUACCACGACCAGUCGUGUCUGUGCCUUUUGACAAGCCAGUCAGUGAUGGAUCCGAUGAACGGGAUCACCUCCUUCCAGCAUGUUUGGCACCGAAAUCUCCGUCGCAAAGCUACCGGCUUGUUUCGUAAGCUAUUGCGACGCGGCCAGGCGGAGCAAAGGAUCCGACCGUCGUAUCCCUUCGCUCCACCUUUUCAGUACACUGUAUCCAGUGCCGCCCUGGAAGUACUUCGCGAUACAAAGGGUUCUAACAUUUCGCUGGAAGCGCCGUCGGCCAAUCACCCGCCGCCACCACUCCAAAACCUGGUGUAUCAGCCACUAUACCCCUCAAAGCACGGCCUCUCUUUCACUCCCAUGCCGCCUCAGCAUGCCUCACAGAGAUUGGCAGCAAGCAUCGAGGAGCAAAAUGACAUUGCCCUGUCGUCAGAGUCUCCACUCGUCGUGAACACCACAAUUGCGAACAAUUUACCCAUGCUUUGGACAUGGGAUUUCGAUAUUACGGAUUAAGCAGGUG